ACUUGGUCUCGAAGAUAAAAAAUGCAAACUGGUUGUAGUAAUCGUGUUUCUGUACUGGACAAUUAGUCACAAUUUAAUACGGAAGAAGAAGGAAUUAAAAUGAAUCAUUGCGCUACCACUGGCACUGCGGAAUAUGCUUCACGUCAUUUUCACAAUUUGGUAUUUCCGUUUGAACGUAUUUUCGUACUUGGGUAUACGUUCAGGCGGAAAAAAAUCACGUAUCGAGGUUAUUUGUUCUAACGCAGUUGCAUAACGUCAUAAAGUUGUCAAAUUGUUACCCUCAAAUUGCGACAACGAGACCUAAUAUUGACCUUACACGACGUUUAAUAUCAGAAAAUGUCGCAACGGGGAUUUUGUUUUUGCCUGGAAAUGUUAUUUGAGGAAAAACAGUCAACUUUAACUUGAAGAGCAUUGCCUUGUACAGAAGCUUGAAGUUUUCGGUAUUUAUAUAGCAAGAUAUGAGCGGAGAAAUUGUCAGACUGAAUGUUGGGGGAAGGAGAUUUUCCACAUCGACACAAACUUUAAUGUGGAUACCUGACUCAUUCUUCUCCAGUUUGCUUAGUGGAAGAAUUGAAUCAAUAAAGGAUGAGACAGGAGCAGUUUUUAUUGACCGUGAUCCAGAUGCCUUUGUUCCAAUUUUGAACUUUUUGAGAACCAAGGAACUUGAUUUAAGGGGUUUGGACUUGAAGGUUGUAAAGCAUGAAGCUGAAUUUUAUGGAAUAACACCGCUUGUAAAACGCCUCACUCUCUGUGAAGAUAUCAGUGGUUCAAAAUGUGGAAAUGUGUAUUUUCAUGGAUAUCUACACACUGCAGAACUACCAGGAAUUCCUGCGAAGAUAUACUUCAAACUAGUAGGUUGCAGUGACAAGCUUAGUACCUCAUCCGAUGACCAGGAGACAAAAUGUGAUGGCAUAGAGAAAUUGGGAGAUCUUCACAGAGUUCAAGUGUUAACGGGUCAUCACAACUGGUUAGCUGUUGCUUAUCCAAGAUGCGUGUGUUGUUUUCAACUUACCGAUCACAAAGGUUCAAGAGAACAAGUCUUUACCAGUCCCUUUCUUGAAGAGACAGUUGAGCAUCUUGCACUUAACACACGUGUGGUUGGACAAUGGGGGGAUAAAUUGGUUGCUGCUUCAUCAGGAAGUAAAUUUCAACUCUGGAACUGCACACAAGGCACUGCUAUAGGAAAAUUUGAUCUUGGUAUACAAAUUGAUGCGCUGUUCUUUGUUGGCAGUCAAGUUGUUGCUCUAAGUUACACUGGAAAAGUUGGUAUUUGGAAUUCAAGAAUGCCAAGGCAUUGGCAGGUACAAGAAGUGGUAAUUCCUAUAUCAAGUUAUGAUACUGGAGGAACGUUGCUCCUGCUGGGAUGUGAUAAUGGAUCUAUUUAUUACAUUGACAUGGAGAAAUUUCCCCUCAGAAUGAAAGACAAUGAUUUAUUGGUGACUGAACUCUAUCGAGAUCCUGCUGGUGAUAAAGUCACUGCAUUGAGUGUCUAUCUCACUCCAAAGUCAUGUAUCAGUGGUGGUAACUGGAUUGAGAUAGCAUAUGGUACCGACUCGGGGGUGGUGCGAAUCAUUGUUCAACAUCCAGAGACGGUGUAUGCCGCUGGACAUGGUCCACAGUUGUUUCAAACUUAUACUGUACAUCGUUCUCCCGUCAUAAAAGUUAUGUUGAGUGAAAAACACUUGAUAUCAGUUUGCUCUGAUUACAAUCAUGUUCGUACGUGGAACGUGACGAGAUUUCGAGGAAUGUUAUCAACGCAACCUGGCUCCACUCCUCUUGCUUCAUAUAAAGUGGUUUCAUUAGAGCGAUCUGAGCAUCAUCCAAGCUCUGCGUCAGGAAAUAUGAUAGGUCCGUUUGGUGAACGGGAUGAUCAACAAAUCUUUGUUCAAAAAGUUGUUCCAGAUUCUGAUCACUUGUUUAUCAGACUUGUAUCAACUGGUAAACGUGUUUGCACCAUAAGAUCAGUUGAUGGCAGCAUGAUCAUCUCAUAUUGUGUCAAUGAAUGUGAGGGUUCAAGUGGUAUGGGUACAAGACCGCGGAGAUAUCUGUUCACUGGCCAUUCUAAUGGCUGCAUACAGAUGUGGGAUCUAUCUUCUGCACUACAACAAGCAAAUAGACAGACAGACAACAUGGGCGGACCGACACAAAACGAGUUACUUCAAGUAUUGGAUAAUUGUGACCUCAGUAGCUCCCGCAGUACAACGCCGAGUGUAUCACCAGCAGCAUCCUUGUACAACACCUCUGGUAACAACAAAGUGCGGUGUGCAGGUGCAGCCUUGUAUGACAGUCAUCUUGGUAGCAGUAUUGAAGAAGAGCAUGAACUAGAUAUAGUUAACGAAGUAAAUAUUGACAGUGAACAAGGUGAUAAUAUCGAGGAACAGAAUGCAGCGAUGGCUCAGAAUAGACCAACAUAUUUUGUAUCACAAUGCUGAAAGAUGAUGUUGUUAGAGAAAGACCAAGCGAAGUCAUAGCCAUAGAGUCACACCCUCUGAAUUAACGAUCUCUCAGAAAAAUAUUUAUCACAAAUACAUUUAAAAUUCUAACAUGCAUACACAAAAAAUGGAAACGUUCUGGUUGUUACUCGAAGUCAUAAAGUAAAUAGAACUGUUCUAGCGAGAAUUGCAACGUUUCCUCCAUCCGUUUUGAAAUGAUUUCCAAGUCUGGUCUUCGGACUUUCAGCCUCUUCACUGAUACUAGCCCCAGACUUCCCAGACUGU